AUGCAGAUUCGAACAGACUUACAUCUCCAAGUUGCAACCCACAACUCGCUUGCUUCUCCUGGAACAUACAUGGGAGGAUCAUCAGAAAUGUUGUCACCUACCGUUACUGCUCAACAACCGAUCACACCUUCCGAUGGACAGCAUAGGGUCCAUUUUGAGUUUCCUGAUGGUCUUGUAGCUCCUAAUGGAAAUGGAUAUCAGCAACCGCCAGUUACUUCUGCAAUACCUCCUAUGGAUCAUCCUUACAUAGUCCAAAUGGAAGGCAACGAAAACGAAGCACCAAUGGAGGCUCCCGUCUAUUUACAGUCUUAUCCAGUUAUGCCAACGUCACAAAAUAACGAAUUGAUCAUUGCAUCACAGUCAGCUCUGAAUCAAAUGCAACACCACAAGACGGACAUUCAUACACUGGGAACGAAAUCUACCAAAUCCAGUCUAUCUGCUGCAGAAUCCAGUGUCUCGAGCACAAGCGUAGACAUGGUGCCUUUCUCCCAGCUGACUUCGUCAAUCAAUAACCUUGCCAUUGCCCCCGAUGUUCAUCCCAAACGUGCGAGGUACAAGCAGGUCCGAAAACAAGCUAGAGUGGUUGCUACAGCAGGUGGAAUGGUAGUCGGAGGUCUGACGCUUGGACCAGCGGGAAUUGUGGUUGGCGCUGGUGUUGGAAUGGCCACCAAUCGAUAUUACAAGCGCAAAGAUAAAAAGGCGCAGCAGAGGCACGAACAAAACUCUUUUCAGCAAGCGGCCAAUGAAUCCAUUGUAGCUCGACAUCAAGGUGCUUUUUGCUAG